UCUCAGCUCACCUCAUUCAGUUUCAUUCGAGUUGAGCGUCGAGAUUCAUUCUAUCAAUGCAAAUUAUUGAUUUUGUCUGACUUUUGACUUGCAUCAAUCAUGUGGGGGUGACGAAGUGGGGUAUUUGGGGCGUAUUUAACCAAAAACCAAACCUAUAAUCCACAAAUUAUUAUGCUGGUUGAGUGCAUCUGAUAAUCCAUUUUAAAGAACACAAUGGCUAAAUCAUAUUUCGGUGCGGUCGAUGAGUACGGGUUUGAGAGGCAUGAGGACUUCGAUUACGGUAGCUACGAGGCUUUUAUGUCGAAUUACUUGAAGGUACUGGCAUCGAGGGCGCAAAAAUGGGCCAUUCUACUUGGCGAUGAUGGAAAGUCGGUCAAACGCACCACAACUGUGAAGAGAUACGUCCGCAAAGGAAUACCUAGUGAGCAUCGACCUUCAGUUUGGAUGGCAAUUUCUCAGGCAGAGAUUAUGAAAGAACAAUCUCCAGACUUAUAUCAGAAAAUUCUGGAUGGACCGUUUGAAAAGGAACUGGUGGAUCUAGUGAAGACAGACUUGCCCCGGACAUUUCCAGACAAUAUAUACUUCACCAAAGAGGCCAACCAUCAAACACACUUGUUUAAUAUACUCAUAGCUUAUGCACAUAACAACAGAGUGGUAGGCUACUGCCAGGGACUCAACUAUAUUGCAGGUUUGCUGCUCCUGGCAACAAAGAAUGAAGAGACAUCAUUUUGGCUCUUAAAAGUUCUGGUUGAGAAGAUUCUGCCAGAUUACUACACGAAGACUAUGGACGGCCUCAUUGUGGACAUCGAAGUGUUGUCAGAACUAGUCAAGUCUAAGGUGCCUGAUGUACACCAACAUGUUAUUAAUUUGGGCUUACCAUGGGCAGUGAUAACCACAAAAUGGUUUGUCUGCUUGUUCGCCGAAGUCCUCCCCAUCGAAACGGUACUACGGAUAUGGGACUGUUUAUUUUACGAGGGUUCAAAAAUUCUAUUCAGAGUAUGUCUGACUCUAAUACGGCAGAAUAGACAAAAGAUAAUGUCAUGCAAUGACUUCACAUCCCUGGCGGAGUGCUUCAAGUCCAUUGUAAAGGAUUACAGCGCAUUGCAGUGUCAUGAAUUUAUGGAGAAAAUAUUCACCGUACCUGGCUCUCUAUCGAACUCAACUAUAAUAAAACUGAGAGAGCGGUUCGCGAAGCAGCGCCGUGAGCAGCAGCAGAAGGAGCCGCCGCGAUGAGCUGCCGCGGACCACGCCGACAAUCGUGUUCUGAUCUCAAGCCACACAACCAAAUUGUACAUUAUACACUACUACUUAACACCUCUACUUAUACACUAUGACAACAUAUAUUUUGGAUCUCUAUACUUUUUAUUACCAACAAGUAAAUAAAUGAGGUCUAUAAAUCAAAUCCUACGAAUUUAUGUUUCUUAGGAUAGAAAUAUAGAGGUUACUCUAUUGAAAUAUUUACAUUCAUAGCUUGUUCCAAUUGUUUUAAUAGCUUUGUAUGGCGAAAGGUUAAUCGCCGCAGUUAUGAAACAACGUAUAUCGAGCUUGUUGCGAUUUUGUACAAACAUUUACUAGUCUUUAUAUCCUUGCAUGUUUAGUAGCUAUUAAUUGAAUACCGGACAAAGAAACGAGUUGCGCUGAGGUUUUUUAUUUCCUAAAGUCAUGACAAACUCCUAAUGAUAUGCCCUGAAAGAUCAAUCAUCUCAAAAUAUAUCAUUUAAAUGAACUUCAUGACAUUAGUUGUUGCUAAUGUGGUGUUCCAGCUUUAUCUGCGAUCCUGAAUUCAGGAUUGCAAAUAAUUUUGCUAAGUUAGUGUUAAGUUUAUAAUGUUGUUUUACAUAUCAUUAAAGUAUUUUUGUUUGUAGUAUUAUUUUUUUGCUGUUAAUUAAUGUGUCAGUUUUAUUAGAUUUGUACCUGUAAAUUGUAAAAUAAGAUAUGAACAAAGUGAGCAUUUUACUAAUAAUUUCCUGACUAAUAAAUGGUUAUAAUGUAAAUGGAAUGGGUUCACUGCCAUUUGCGGAACUAACAUUGAACUAACUAACUUGUGAUGGGUAUUGGUUCCCUUGUCAUUAAAAAUACAGGAGUAGAGCAUCAGUCAGUGUUUACUUCAGACUUGUCAGCCAGCAAAACAAUACAUUUUUCUUUAGUAAAUAAUAUGUAGGAAAAAUAUUUAAUAUUUACUACUUGCAUUUCAAAAAAUGUUGGUGUUUAAUCACUAUCUUUAUUCUAUGCUCUACUUUAUUACAGUUCUAGUACACUCUCAUCGUGCUUAUAUUGGCUGACUUAUGUUCAAAUACCCAAACGAAACGCUACUCAAUUUUAAGUCGCCUCAAGUAUUGUAUGUCACUACAAAUUCGUUGUAAAAAGACAGAGAUAGCAUGAUAUUUAACAUUUAAUUGAGUAGGCUUUCAGUAUUUGGGCGCUAAUUCAUUACUUUUGCCUAAUGCGACUGAUGUCCUUUUAGGUUUUAAUGUAGACUAAAACAAUUGAUAUUUUUCGUAGUUUAAAAAUAUUUGCUAACCUUAUUAUUUAAGGUUUUUGUUCAACUUCUGCACAGUAAAUAUAUUUUUUUAUACAUGUAUUUAACUAAUAAAUAGGUGCUAAAUAUUUAUGUAUGCCUACCAAUUAGCUACAAAAAUCGUACAAUCAUUGAUUAAAAAUUAAUGUAUUAUUAUAGUUUCUGAUAUUUAUUAGAUUCUAAUUUUGGAUUUGGUGUAGUUAUUGAUAAUUAAAGUGUUUAUUGUUCAUGUGUGAACCAUUUCAACAUAGCUAAACAUGUUGUUGUGCUAAGUAAAACUUAGUUUUACAUGGCUUGAAUUUUUUAUGCAGUUAGUUAAUGAUUUGCUCAAAAUUAUCUGUGUUAGGUAUGUGUAUAGAAAUUGUAAUGUCAUUAUAACAAUGACAUAAUUGUCACACCUUCUAGUCCCCUAGGAAGACGGAGGUGCACAAAAAUACAAUGUAAUUAUCAUUGUAUUUUACAAAACAGAUAUAUUUGCUCUAUUAGCACUUCAAUUUUUCACAUUAGCAUCAUUGAUUAACAUUUUGAACAGAAAUGUGGACAAUAACUUUCACAUACCAUAGAUACCAUUAAUUAAAAAUUACAAACUAUAAAACAAUUUUUAAAAUCACAAUUCUAAAUUGAAUAGUACAUAAAUAGGAAUUUUGAAUCAAUUUUGUCAAUAACUAAAUUCAUUAUAAAUGUAUCACAUGUUUAGUAUAGGAUGUACUAUGAAUGUAUUUUCUUAUAACCUCUUUUGAUGGUUUCUCUUUUGGAUCCUGUGUAUUGUGCUGUGAUUAGCAAGCUACCCAAUUCCAGUUUACUGUUAGGAUAGGCUAUGGAAUCUGUAUUUGGAUGUUCAACAUGACAGAAUAGACUAUUGAGAUGUUCAAA